AUGGAGAAGUACGAGAAGAUCCUGAGCAUCGGCCAGGGCUCGAGCGCGGAGGUCUUCCUGAUGAGGAACACAGUGACAAAGGAGCUAUUUGCUGUGAAGAAGGUCAAGACCAUCCCGGGCAAGAGGCUGCGGGAUAAGGAGGCCGUGCUGAGGGAGGUGGCCAUCCUUAGGCAGCUCCAGCACCCUCACGUUGUGGCCUGCCACGACCAUUUCUUCGAUGUGGACGAUGCACACGUCUUCAUUGUGCAAGACUACUGUGACGGCGGCUCCCUGGACGAGCACAUCCGGACCAGGGCAGGCGGCCACUUCCCUGAGAGCACCAUCAUGAGGUGGUUUGGGCAGCUGGCCAUGGCCAUCCAGUACAUCCACGCCCGGAAGAUCCUGCACCGAGACAUCAAAGCCUCCAACGUGUUCCUGACUCAAAGCAGGAUCCUGAAACUGGGGGACUUUGGGAUCUCCAAGGUUAUGGAGGAUACCACGGACCUGGCCAGUACCUUUGUGGGCACGCCCUACUACCUGAGCCCCGAGCUCUGUGAGAACAUGCCCUACAGCUCCAAGGCGGAUAUCUGGGCCCUGGGCUGUGUCCUCUUUGAGAUGUGUGCCCUCCAUCCUCCCUUCCAAGCCCUCAGCCUGCUCGGCUUGUUUAAGAAGAUUGUGAAGGGGGAUCAUGCCCCCAUACCGCCGUGUUACUCAGUGCCCCUGCAUGGCUUGAUCCAAGCCACCUUGCAAAGGGACCCUGAAGAGAGGCCCUGCGCCAGCACCAUCCUCGCCCUCCCUUACGUCCAGGACCAUCUCAGCCCUUUCCUUCUCCAUCCAGAAUCCCAGCUCUUGUGGAAGGCACAGCCAGAUGAUGGAGAUGGCAGCAGCCUCAGCCAGCCAGGGCCACAUCAAAAGAGGCUACAGAGCUGCUCAGGCAGUGAAGCCUUGAUGCCAGGAUUGGUCCCACUUUAUGCCCACCAGCAGCUUCCAGAGCACCAUGACUGUGAUGAUGUCUUCAGCAUCUGCAGCAGCGGCUCCCAUUACUCAGCAGACUUUGAAGACACGAGUUCUGGCUCCUCCGCUGGCAGCAGCUCGAAUGAAGAGGUGUCCAUUACCACUGAGACCUCAACAGAGACUGCUUCUGAGCACGAGUGGGAUCUGAAUGACGACUACCCAGAUGACUUUGAGGACUUGGCGGACGGGGGCUUGGAGGAAGGCGAGAACCAUCUCGCCCUCGCCAUGCAGGUGGUGCAGGAUGGCCAACCCUUCUCCCACCUGGAGAGCUCCCAGGAAUGCAAAGGCAAAACAGCCCCGGGUGACGAAGGCUCUUGCGGAAGUGAUGACCACAGCUUCACCUCCAAGGACUCUCAGUGCCAAUUUGAGCAGAGAUUGAGUUCAGAUGACUCUGAGCAUGUUGAGGCUUGCUACCUGCUCCAAAACCUGGAUCUGGAAAGCAGUGAGGGGGAAGUGAGAUGCAACACAAGGACAGCUUGA